AUGAUUGAUGUAGAUAUUUUGCUAAAGCAAGCAGAUAAAGUCAGACAAAAUUUUAAUGCCUUGAAGAAUGCCCAAUCAAAAUCUGAGCUGCUUAAAACUUCCCAAAAUUUGGAUAUGGAAUUGCACGAACUAAUGGAGAUGACAAGAAGACGUGUUCGUGAUUUACGAGAUUCGGCUGCUCAGGAUGAUUUACAGGCUGCUAUUGCGAUGUUAAAAAUAACUACACCUAUAAUGAUUGCAUCUUCUAAGGCAUUUCUUCAACAUCCAGGACUUGACGGUCUUAAGAUUAAUCAAAACUAUGCGGAAGAUGAACUUAAUCGAGCAUUGGACUGUUUUUGUGAUGCUGUUCAAGGUGACCGGCCGCACGAUGAGUUAGCUUUUUCUCAACAUGGAAAGCUUAACGAGCUCGCUUUGAACUUUGAAAAAUUCCAGCGACGUGUUUAUAUGGAUCCCUCUGAAUAUCAAUCCCAUCGACAUCGUCCUCAAUUGGAAGAAUUGCUUGAACGUAUUGCGAGUAGUUCUGGAUUAAUCGCUGAUAUGAAAACUACAAAACCUAUGCGUCAUGAUCAAAUUAUUUCUGGUGUGAACAAUUUACGGCAAGCUUUGCAAGAUCUUUUGAAGGAAUAUGAACGGAAUGUGGGAUCAAUUGAACCCUCUGAGGACCUCGACUUGUGCAAAGUAUUUUUGGCCCACAAAAUACGUGAUUUACGUCGACAUUUGCGUCGAACAAUUGUCGACCAUGUUAGUGACGUUUUUGUGGAUGUUCGAACCCCUUUGUUACAAUUGCUUGAAAAUGCGUCAAAUGGUGAUUUUCCAAACACUGAACGGGCAGCAACUCUUUUUCAAACACAGGCUAACAAUCUCGUUGCGGUUGCACGUCUUGUUGCCAAUGUUUCCAAUGAUGUUGAUGGUGUUAGAGUUCUUCGAUAUGCGACUCUUCUUUGUGAGAAAAUUGCCCCACAGGUUGUAAAUGCGGCCUUUUUACUAUGCGAAGAUCCACAUAGCGAAGUGCUUAAGGUAUCAAAAAAUUUUGAAAAAAAAUUAUUUUUAUUUAAGGAAAAUAUGUCCACAUUCGAGCGUGUUUGGUUUGAUCGUGUUAAAAUGCUUACAAUGGCAGUUGAUUCUCUCAUAUCUUUUGAUGACUUUUUAGCUGUUAGUGAGGCUCAUAUUAGCGAAGAUUGUCAACAAGGAAUUCAAGCUAUUGUUGAACACAAUAGUGAAAUGUUGGAUCGAAAUGCUGGUUAUAUUCGAGGACGUUCAGUUCGUGUUUGCGAUAUGGUGUUAAACGAGAUUGGUCAAGUACCUAGUGAUUCUUAUAGCGAAAAUGUUAAGCGUGCAACUUUGUGUCUUCGAGAUGAUGUUCUUCCACAUUUUAAAAAACGCGCCGAACAAAUUGUCUCUGCAUUAACUGAAAUUGAAAAAACAUCAAAAGAUGUCGAUGAUGAAAGCCAACUGGAGACAGAAACAAAACGAGAGGUGGAUGAAAUGAUUGAUGCAUGUCAGCUAGUUUAUGAUGCUGUAACUGAUAUUCGUCAUGCUUUAUUAAUGAACAGAAAUCCAGAAGAUGUAGAUUCUGAUAAUGAAUAUGAAGAAGAUGGUUUGCCAUCUGAUGAAGCUUGUAGUCAAUCUUCAGCUUCAGAAAUGCAAAAUCAGCAACAAAUAAUGCGACAGCUUCCAGAAGAAUCAAAACGUGAAAUUCAAAAACAAAUUGAUGUUUUUAAGAUAACUCAAAGAAAGUUUGAAUAUGAAGUAGGUAAAUGGGAUGAAACAGGAAAUGAUAUAAUUGCGUUGGCUAAAAAGAUGUGUCAAAUAAUGAUGAAUAUGACUGAUUUUACAAAAGGUCGAGGUCCUUAUAAAACAACAAUGGACGUAAUUAAAGCCGCGCAGGAAAUUUCUGAAUAUGGUGCAAAAUUGAAUGGGUUUGCUCGUCAAAUUGGAAGCGAAUCAGUAGAAAGCAAUACAAAGAAGGAUUUAUUUGCUUAUUUGGAAAGAAUAACUUUAUUUUGUCAUCAACUAAAUGUUACAAGCAAGGUAAAAGCAGAUGUUCAAGUUGUUGGAGAUGAGCUACGUGUGAGUGGACUUGAAGCAGCAUUUUCACUCAUUCAAAAUGCCAAAAAUUUGUUAAAUGCUGUUAUAUUAACAGUUAAAUCAGCUUAUAUUGCCAACACAAAAUAUCGUCGAAAGGAAAAUACAAAACCGAAUGUUGUUGAAUGGCGAAUGGCUGCUCCACAAAAGCAACCUUUAAUCAACGCUCCAGCAAAGAUUACUAAUACACAUGGAAUUGUUCGACGCGCUUCGGUUAGUAUAAAAAAUUUAUUUUUUAAUUAA